AUCGGCUUCAAUUUUGUAGCGCGUACGUCAGCGUCAUCUGCAAGCGUCGUUUCAAACCGCGCUCAGCGGGACUUUGUGUGCAAAAACGAUACUGGUGCUUAAAAUAAUAUCGUACAAAACAUUAUUAAUAUACGGAGUGGCCGCGCAAUAACCAGUUUAGCCAUGGUCGAAAAGGAAGAAACGCUUAUCAGCGAAGAGGAGGCGGCACAGUACGACAGACAGAUCCGUUUGUGGGGCCUGGAUGCACAGAAGCGUCUCCGUGCAUCCAGGGUGCUGCUUGUCGGGAUGAAGGGUCUCGGAGCUGAAGUGGCUAAAAACCUCAUCCUGUCUGGAGUGAAAGGGAUAACCAUGCUGGAUCAUGAGCAGGUUACAGAGGACUCAGUCCGAGCCCAGUUCCUCAUCCCAGCGGGCUCUCUGGAUCAGAACCGAGCUGAGGCUUCCCUGGAGCGAGCCCAGAACCUCAAUCCCAUGGUGGAGGUGAAGGCUGACCCAGAGAGAGCAGAGGACAAACCAGAUGAAUUCUUCUUGGAUUUUGACGCUGUGUGCUUGACCUGUUGCCCGCGGGACCUCCAGGUGAGGCUGGACCAACUCUGCCACAAAAACAACAUCAAGUUCUUCACCGGGGACGUGUUCGGAUACCACGGCUUCAUGUUCUCUGACCUGGGCGUGGAGCACCACUAUGUGGAAGAGAAGCCCAAAGUGGUGAAACCAGAGAGGAGCGACGAGCCCGAGGCCAAGAAACCCAAACUGGACCCCAAAGAGACGACUCUGGUGAAGAAGACGGCCAGUUUCUGUCAGCUGAAGAAGGCUCUGGAAGUUGACUGGACGAGCGAGAAAGCGAAAUCUGCCCUCAAACGCACACCUACAGACUACUUCCUCCUUCAAGUGCUCCUGAAAUUCCGCACGGAUAAGGGGAGAGAUCCUGUCCCGGAGAGUGUGGGAGAGGACUCGGAGCUGCUGCUUCAGAUCCGCAACGAUGUGAUGGAGAAGCUGGGAGUGAGUGUGGAGCUGCUGCCGGACAGCUUCGUCAGUUACUGUUUCUCAGAAAUGGCUCCUGUCUGUGCUGUGGUGGGAGGGGUCCUGGGGCAGGAGCUAGUCAAGGCUCUCUCCCAGAGGGAUGCUCCUCACAGGAAUUUCUUCUUCUUCGAUGGGAUGAAGGGCAGCGGUGUGGUGGACUGCCUGGGGGUCCAGUAAAAACAGAACCAGACCCCUACAGAACGUUGAUCAGCCUGAACACCUUCCAUUUUUUGUUGCUUUACCAUACCUCUCUGUGCUUUACAAUGCUUCCCUAUGCUUUACCAGACCUGUCUGUGCUUUACAAUGCUUCCCUAUGCUUUACCACACCUCUCUGUGCUUUACAAUGCUUCCCUAUGCUUUACCACACCUCUCUGUGCUUUACAAUGCUUCCCUAUGCUUUACCACACCUCUCUGUGCUUUACAAUGCUUGCCUAUGCUUUACCAGACCUCUCUGUGCUUUACAAUGCUUCCCUAUGCUUUACCACACCUCUCUGUGCUUUACAAUGCUUCCCUAUGCUUUACCACACCUCUCUGUGCUUUACAAUGCUUCCCUAUGCUUCACCACACUUAAAUGUUGCAUUUACUAUGGGGAACUUUUAUGAAGGUCAUUUCUGUUUUGUAAAAAAAAAAAAAAAAAAAACUGGAUUUUUAAAGAUUAAAACUCUUACUAGAUUGUAGCCAAAUGCAAUUCAAAGCAGCUCGGAGUGCGUGAUUAAAGUGUUGUGUUUUAAAUCAAUAGAGCUCCCAAUCUUCUCUCGUGCAACUAUCAGGGGUCAAUCGAAAAACGUGCUACGCUAAAAUGAUAAAAAGAUUGGAUUUCCAUAGCAUUUGUCUUUUGAAACAAAAUCAGGCGUCCGCAUUAUGCAAACCGUCCCUCUGCGGAUCACUGUUUGUCACGGAGAGACAAAAGGCGCCCCACCCUGUAAACUGCAGGAGACACGAAGAAAGAAAUAUAAGCUAGUGGUGGGCAGAAACUAUUGAAUCGAUUCGUUAGUGUUGAUUUCACAAGACGAAAAGCUGUCCUCCCCUCACCUUUACAACCGGGUACUAAUCGAUGGCAGUUAAAUUCUGCACUGUUGAUUGGAAGAUUAAUUUCCUCUCUUCCGGGGCGCCAUAAUUCCGUAUAUUAUUGAAAAAUAUUGAUAAAUAAAUUGUCCCUCUUAUAGCUGCAUGAAUAACUCCUUUUUUAUAAACCUACAGACUCACAGUGAGAUGGAUUCAUGCUGUUGCCAGAAGUGUAAUCGGUUCAUUUAGAUUGAUCAGGUGACUGAUUGAUUGUUCAAACUGGAAACUGGUUAUUUCAAUGUUAAUAAUAGAUUUCACUGAGGGGAGAUCUGAACCCCAGGACUGGGUGCAGCAGCAACAGCAGCAGCAGCAGGGCUAGUGUGAGUUUCUAACCCUGCUCAAACUCCUGGCUCCUGAUCAUUUCAAUAUUAAUAAUAAUAGACUUCAUUGAGGGGAGCUCUGAACCCCAGGACUGGGUGCAGCAGCAGCAGCAGCAGCAGGGCUAGUGUGAGUUUGUAACCCUGCUCAAACUCCUGGCUCCUGAUCAUUUCAAUAUUAAUAAUAAUAGACUUCAUUGAGGGGAGCUCUGAACCCCAGGACUGGGUGCAGCAGCAGCAGCAGCAGCAGGGCUAGUGUGAGUUUGUAACCCUGCUCAAACUCCUGGCUCCUGAUCAUUUCAAUAUUAAUAAUAAUAGACUUCACUGAGGGGAGUUCUGAACCCCAGGACUGGGUGCAGCAGCAGCAGCAGGGCUAGUGUGAGUUUCUAACCCUGCUCAAACUCCUGGCUCCUGAUCAUUUCAAUAUUAAUAAUAAUAGACUUCAUUGAGGGGAGUUCUGAACCCCAGGACUGGGUGCAGCAGCAGCAGCAGGGCUAGUGUGAGUUUCUAACCCUGCUCAAACUCCUGGCUCCUGAUCAUUUCAAUAUUAAUAAUAAUAGACUUCAUUGAGGGGAGCUCUGAACCCCAGGACUGGGUGCAGCAGCAGGGCUAGUGUGAGUUUCUAACCCUGCUCAAACUCCUGGCUCCUGAUCAUUUCAAUAUUAAUAAUAAUAGACUUCAUUGAGGGGAGCUCUGAACCCCAGGACUGGGUGCAGCAGCAGCAGCAGCAGCAGGGCUAGUGUGAGUUUGUAACCCUGCUCAAACUCCUGGCUCCUGAUCAUUUCAAUAUUAAUAAUAAUAGACUUCAUUGAGGGGAGCUCUGAACCCCAGGACUGGGUGCAGCAGCAGCAGCAGCAGCAGGGCUAGUGUGAGUUUCUAACCCUGCUCAAACUCCUGGCUCCUGAUCAUUUCAAUAUUAAUAAUAAUAGAUUUCAUUGAGGGGAGUUAUGUUCAAUCUCUGGUCAUGGCAGGAGCUCAAUGCAUUAGUUUGGUAAGAUUUUUACUCUCUAAUUCAGAAUCUUUUUUUUUUUUUUUUUUUUUAGUUGAAAGAAAAAUAAAAUUGUUCUUUGUAUCGCUUGUAAUGACACCACGGUUUGUACUUUUUUAAAAAUAAAAUCAAAUCAAACGAAA